CAAACCCCGAAACCCAUUCAGGCUGAGGGGAUUUUUUUUUUUUUUGACCCUCUAGCGCCACCGUAAAAUAAAGCACGCUUAAGGGGGCCAAGAGUUUCGCUGAGCUGCAGGAAUGCUGGUCCUUCUCCGGCUCUGGCAGUUGGGCGGACUAACGGCCGGGCGCGCGUGGGGGUUUCCCCAACGGCAGCGCCGAGGAAGGCGAGAGGCGAAAGGAAGAGGAGGAGAAGGAAGGGGGAGUUCGCCGAGUCGUCUCCGCCUGACGGAGGGAAAAAGGGAUUCCUGCUGCACCACCUUAAGCGCGGAGCUGCCGCCGACGCCGAGGAGAGGCUUCAGGGUCUCAGUAGCUGGGGGCGGCGAAGGGAGAGAGGCGGAUGGGGUCGGUUAUUUCCCUCUCCCCCCCCCUUAUCCAGGGUUCCGGGGGGGGGGAAGAGAAAGCACUCUCUCGGGAUGGGCCCCCGCGCUCAGCGUCCGUUAACUCUCCCCAACGGGUAGCGCCUUCGCUUCCCUGCCGCUGCUCCAGCGAAGGCGUCUUCACCUGAGCUUCCUUCUCGGGUGCGGAUCCUACCGCUUGUUCUCCGCUCUACCCCACCGCUCGGCAGCUGCUGAACGCCGUCAAGGGAACGGCGGCGCCGACGGCGACCCAGGCAAGCUGGGGCCACUCGCCCUUCUGCCCCCCCUCCCCACCCCCGGACCCUGCGGCUCCCGAAGGGGGCGCGCGCGCAGGGCGAAGCGGCUCUGAAGGAGCCGUUGGCCACCCAGCGCCCCUUCGCCUCGGGAAGGAAGGAAGGAAGAAAAAAAAAAAAUAAAAAAUAAAAAUGCGGUCAAGGAGGGCUGACUCCCCUCACCCGCCCUUCCCGCGGGACUCGAGCACCGUCCCCCUCCCUGCGCUGCGGGGGAGGGCCAUGUGCGUUUGUUUUGAGGCUCCGUCGCCGCCAGGCCGCUCGGAGGAAGAGACUGACGGGAAGGGAAGCGCCUGGAAUGGAUACGGGGCUGGCGCUGCUCCAGCCCUCCCGCCCUCGUGUCCCGAGUGCCCUCCCGCGUGGCUGCUCGGCUUCACUUUUACAGCUGUAGCCUGGUUCGCUCGCUGCCUCCCCUCCGCCCCCAAUUUCACAAGCUCCCCCUCGCUAAUCCUGCCCCUUUCCUUCGCAAUGCCGCCUCUUCGCUUCUCCCAGCUCCCCCGCCUGCUCCCUUUUGGUUUGCCUGGGUGCUUGCGUGAACCGCGUGUUUCAAUUUAUUAUAUAUUUAUUGGGCUUUAAUUCACUGACAGGCGGCUUCCUCUUCUCCCCCCCCCCCCGCUCCCCACCUUCGGUCUUUCUCGCCUGCGUGGAAACGGCGGUGCUGGCUCCAGCAGCAGCAAUUUGUAAAAUCCCAGCCGGCCGCCUUGGGAAGGGCUCUAUCCUGUCCGAGUGAUCCCGUAAGAUAAAUGCAGAUACUAUUUUGGGGGACUAGGAAGAGAGGAAGGAGGAAGCGGGAGGGGGGAAGUAGGAGGGAUAGAGAAGGGAGGAAGCGGGGCUGUUGUUAUUUUGGAUUCCAAGAAUCGGGAGGAGGUAGAUAGAGAGAGGGAGGGAGAGAGGGAGGGGAAAAAAGGCAUCACCACCACCCCCAAAAUUCCCAAAGCAAAGAAGGACAAUCCCAGAAAGGACUCACUUUGCCUGAUGACUCAACGCAACUAAUAAUCAUUUGUCUCCUCUCUGGCGAAUCCCUCGUGUUGUUGCUGCUGCUGCUGCUGCUGCCGCCGCGGCUGCUUAUGCUGGCUGGAAAGGGGAGAGAUUGAAAGUGACACAUCGGGCGCAGCUCGCGGCUUACCAGAGAUCAGAGCACCGGCUUCUGCUGCCGUUGCCGCCGCUAGUCCGAUAGAGUGUCCCUCUUCGGAAACAGCUUCUCCACCCCUUUGCUUCCCCCUCCCCCUCUUAUUUUUUCUCCCCUUUUUUGCUGAAGGGCUGAGAAACCGCACCCCCCCGUGCCCCCCGCCUCCUUCCCUCCCGAUCCCAGAAGUCUCACCUCUCUUCCAGUUGCCACCUCGGGUGCCCUUUUAGGAAGAGCUCUUUCCUCAAAGCAUCGAGCCAUUUCAGGCGCAAGGGACGACCAGGUAUCCUAACUCGGGAACGGAAAAAAAGGGGAAAAAAAAUACCCCCCCCCCAACUUAAGGCGUCAGUGGGGUGGGGUACUGGGGAGAAGCGAAAAAGGCAAAGAAGAAAAUAACGUAAGCAAGAGGAGCCAAGAAAACUUUCCAUCCUGGAUUCUCUACUUUUGAUCCAUGGACAGAGCCCAAGUCAGCCAAGUUACGGACAGAAUAUAAGCAGUCCUUGCUCAUUUUAUUGUGACCUGCCUGUGGGAACAUUGUCUCCAACUCAGAGUAAUAUGGAUCGGAGAAGUGAGAGUCCCUGCUUAAGGGAUAGCCCAGAGAGAGGGAGCGGCAGCCCUGAUGUCAAAGGUCCUCCCCCGGUGAAGGUGGCCAGGCUUGAACAGAAUGGCAGCCCUAUGGGAGCCAGAGGGAGGCUCAAUGGUUCUGUCACCAAAUCAGUGGGAGGUUUGAUGAUCCCCGUCUUUUGUGUCGUGGAACAACUGGAUACUUCUCUUGAAUAUGAUAAUCGAGAAGAACAUGCAGAGUUUGUUCUGGUUCGUAAAGAUGUGCUUUUUAGUCAGCUAGUGGAGACUGCGCUCCUGGCACUCGGUUAUUCUCACAGCUCUGCAGCUCAGGCACAAGGAAUAAUCAAACUUGGGAAAUGGAAUCCUCUUCCAUUAACUUAUAUGACAGAUGCACCUGAUGCAACAGUAGCUGACAUGUUACAAGACGUCUAUCAUGUUGUGACACUGAAAAUUCAAUUACAGAGUUGUUCAAAGCUAGAAGAUUUGCCAGCAGAACAGUGGAACCAUGCCACAGUCCGCAAUGCCUUAAAGGAAUUGCUAAAAGAGAUGAAUCAGAGCACGUUAGCCAAAGAAUGCCCUCUCUCCCAGAGUAUGAUAUCAUCCAUUGUAAAUAGCACAUAUUAUGCAAAUGUGUCAGCUACUAAGUGCCAGGAAUUUGGAAGAUGGUAUAAAAAGUACAAGAAGAUUAAAGUGGAACGAGUUGAAAGAGACAACCUGUCAGAAUAUUGUGUUCUUGGUCAACGUCCCAUGCACUUACCGAAUAUCAACCAACUGGCAACUUUGGGCAAAACAAAUGAACAAUCUCCUCAUGGUCAAAUUCACCACAGUACUCCAAUCAGAAACCAAGUGCCAACAUUACAACCAAUCAUGAGCCCUGGUCUUCUUACACCUCAACUCAGCCCACAACUAGUAAGGCAGCAAAUAGCAAUGGCCCAUUUGAUAAACCAGCAGAUUGCAGUGAGUCGACUCCUGGCUCAUCAGCACCCACAGGCAAUUAAUCAACAGUUUCUAAAUCAUCCACCUAUCCCUAGAACAAUCAAACCAGAACCAACAAACUCAUCAGUGGAAGUCUCUCCAGAUAUCGACCAGCAAGUCAGGGAUGAGCUGAAGAGGGCCAGUGUCUCCCAGGCGGUCUUUGCAAGAGUGGCUUUCAAUCGCACCCAGGGAUUGCUAUCAGAGAUACUGCGUAAAGAAGAAGACCCUAGAACAGCUUCCCAAUCCCUCCUGGUAAAUCUGAGGGCAAUGCAGAAUUUCCUCAACCUACCUGAGACAGAGCGAGAUCGUAUAUAUCAGGAUGAGAGAGAGAGGAGUAUGAACCCCAAUGUGAGCAUGGUGUCUUCAGCUGCCAGCAGUCCAAGUUCCUCCAGAACCCCCCAGGCCAAAACCUCAACACCGACAACAGACCUCCCCAUUAAGGUGGACGGAGCCAACAUCAACAUCACAGCUGCCAUUUAUGACGAGAUCCAACAGGAGAUGAAAAGGGCCAAGGUGUCUCAGGCUUUGUUCGCCAAAGUAGCUGCCAACAAAAGUCAGGGUUGGCUGUGUGAGCUGUUGCGUUGGAAAGAAAACCCAAGCCCUGAAAAUCGAACACUUUGGGAAAAUCUGUGCACCAUUCGGCGAUUUCUGAAUCUUCCUCAACAUGAGAGGGAUCUCAUCUAUGAAGAAGAAUCUCGGCAUCAUCACAGCGAACGUAUGCAGCAUGUUGUCCAACUUACUCCUGAGCCUGUACAGGUACUUCAUAGACAGCAAUCUCAGCCAGCAAAGGAAAACUCCCCACCAAGAGAAGAGGCUCCUCCCCCUCCUGCAGAGGAUGCAUCUACAAAAAAGCCAAGAUCCCGUACUAAGAUUUCAUUAGAGGCUUUGGGUAUCCUUCAGAGUUUCAUCCAUGAUGUUGGCCUUUAUCCAGACCAGGAGGCCAUCCACACUUUAUCUGCCCAGUUGGAUCUGCCUAAGCACACCAUUAUCAAAUUCUUCCAGAACCAGCGUUACCAUGUAAAGCAUCAUGGGAAACUAAAAGAGCAUUUGGGUACAGUGGUGGAUGUGGCAGAGUAUAAAGAUGAAGAGCUGCUGACUGAGUCAGAGGAGAAUGACAGUGAGGAGGGUUCUGAGGAAAUGUACAAAGUGGAAACUGAAGAAGAGAAUUCAGAAAAAAACAAAGCAACUACUUCAGAGACUGAACAGAGAUAAUGUGAAAAUAUCACAGGCAAAGCAAUACAUGGUUCCAAUUUUUUUAUUUUUUAUUUUGCUUCUUUCAGAAAAAAAAAAGUUGGAAUUUUCCAGCGUGCAUAGAAUACGUGCAAAUUGAACAAUUAUUUUGCAUAGCUCAAUCAGACAUUCCCUUGUAACAGGCACUUGAGUGUUACACUUUUUUAUGUUUUAUUGAGACAGUUAAUUGUAAUUCACAUAGGAUUACAUCAUUAUUAAUCUUGCACUUACGAAAGGACCCUCUAGCAAGCAAGUUACAGGAAGAAACAACUUAUGAGAUCAAUGAAGGAAACAAUAACAGUGUGCAGAUGUGUGGUGUGUAUAUAAUAUGCACCAUAUAUAAG